CUCUCAGCUGGGCUCGCGCCGCGUCAACUUCCGGGCGGGUGCCCGACUGCACGGCCUCCGCCGCUCCCCUUCUCUGGCCCCUUUGUGUCCCCGCCGUGUUGAGACUCGGGUCUUGGCACGUUUUCGUCGAGGCGGGGGCCUUCGCAGUGCAGAGAACCUUUUGCUUUUGGCGGGCGCGCGGCCAGCCGGGGGGUUAGAGUGGGGAACGUGCCUGCGCAUGUUGGGAUAGUUUAUUCAAAGCCCCAACUCCACAGGGUGGAGGUUCUGCCAUUAUGAGUCUUUUCAACCUGGACCGUUUUCGCUUUGAAAAAAGAAGUAAGAUUGAUGAAACCCCCGAAGCAACCCCACAACCCUCCCAGCCUGGUCCUUCUUCACCAAUUUCUCUUAGUGCUGAAGAGGAGAAUGCUGAAGGGGAAAUAAGCAGGGCAAGCACACCUGAUUCAGAUAUAACCGAAAAAACAGAAGAUUCUAGUGUUCCAGACUCUCCAGAAAAUGAGAGAAAAGCAAAUAGAUCCUAUUUCACAACUCAAAGAGGAAUACAGUAUAUUGAUUUGUCUUCUGAUAAUGAAGACGUUGUGUCCCCAAAUUGCUCCAGUUCUGUUCAAGAGAAGAAAUUCAGCAAAGAUACAGUGAUUAUAGUUUCUGAGCCAUCCGAAGAUGAAGAUUCCCAAGGCCAUCCCACCAGGACAGGUAGAAAUAAUGACACUGAAGAAUUGGAAGACCUUUCAGAGUUGGAAGAUCUUAAAGAUGCUAAACUUCAAACCUUGAAGGAACUUUUUCCACAAAGAAGUGACAACGAUUUACUUAAGCUGAUUGAAUCAACAAGCACCAUGGAUGGAGCAAUUGCUGCUGCCUUGCUGAUGUUUGGUGAUUCAGGUGGUGGACCCAGGAAAAGAAAAGUAUCUUCUUCAUCAGAAGCCUAUGAGGAGGAUGAAUUUAAUGAUGAUCAAUCUGUAAAAAAGAAAAAGUUGGAUCAUGAAGAGGAAUCAAAUGAGUCUGCAGGAUCAAGCAAUAAUUGGGAAAAGCAAGAAAGUAUUGUAUUGAAAUUACAAAAGGAAUUUCCAAAUUUUGAUAAACAGGAACUAAGAGAAGUACUCAAGGAGCACGAAUGGAUGUACACAGAAGCUUUAGAAUCUUUGAAAGUAUUUGCAGAAGACCAAGAUAACCACUAUGCUUCACAAAAUGAAGUUCCAAAUGGAAAAGAAGUUUCUUCAAAGAGUCAAAGUUAUUCUAAAAUUACAGCUAAAACAAAACUGAAACAGAAAUUUUCUGUGAAACCACAAAAUGGUUUUAACAAGAAACGUAAAAAAAAUGUGUUUAAUCCUAAGAGAGUUAUUGAAGACUCCGAAUAUGAUUCAGGUUCUGAUGUCGGUAGCUCACUUGAUGAGGACUAUAGUAGUGGUGAAGAAGUGAUGGAGGAUGGCUAUAAAGGUAAAAUUCUUCACUUCCUUCAAGAUGCUUCAAUUGGUGAACUUACUUUGAUUCCUCAGUGUUCUCAGAAAAAGGCUCAGAAGAUAACAGAACUCCGGCCCUUUAAUAGUUGGGAAGCUCUGUUCACAAAGAUGUCAAAAACUAAUGGCUUAUCAGAAGAUUUGAUAUGGAACUGUAAGACACUAAUCCAAGAAAGGGAUGUAGUUAUAAAGCUCAUGAACAAAUGUGAAGACAUUUCAAAUAAAUUGACCAAACAAGUAACCAUGCUCACUGGAAAUGGAGGUGGAUGGAACAUAGACCAACCUCCCAUUCUAAACCAAAGUUUGUCACUCAAGCCGUAUCAGAAGGUUGGUUUGAAUUGGCUGGCAUUGGUACAUAAACAUGGACUUAAUGGCAUUUUGGCAGAUGAAAUGGGGCUGGGAAAAACUAUUCAAGCUAUUGCAUUUCUGGCACACCUCUAUCAGGAGGGUAACAAAGGGCCUCAUUUAAUUGUUGUUCCUGCAUCAACAAUAGACAACUGGUUAAGAGAAGUUAAUUUAUGGUGUCCCACUUUAAACGUGCUCUGUUACUAUGGUUCUCAAGAAGAACGUAAACAAAUUAGAUAUAACAUUCAUAGUCGAUAUGAAGAGUAUAAUGUAAUUGUUACCACGUAUAACUGUGCAAUCAGUAGUUCCGAUGACCGUAGCCUGUUUAGACGGCUGAAACUUAAUUAUGCAAUUUUUGAUGAGGGCCAUAUGCUGAAGAAUAUGGGCUCUAUCCGCUACCAGCACCUUAUGACAAUUAACGCAAGUAACCGUUUGCUGCUUACAGGAACACCUGUACAGAAUAAUCUGUUAGAAUUAAUGUCACUGUUGAAUUUUGUUAUGCCACACAUGUUUAGUAGUAGCACCAGUGAAAUAAGAAGAAUGUUUUCUUCUAAGACAAAAUCAGCAGAUGAGCAGAGUAUAUAUGAAAAGGAGAGAAUUGCACAUGCAAAACAAAUUAUAAAGCCGUUUAUUCUCAGAAGAGUAAAAGAAGAGGUUCUCAAGCAGCUACCGCCUAAGAAAGACCAAAUUGAAUUGUGUGCAAUGUCGGAGAAACAGGAACAGCUGUAUUUGGAUCUUUUCAGCAGACUGAAAAAAUCUAUCAAUAACAUGGAAAAAAGCACAGAGAUGUGCAAUGUCAUGAUGCAGUUGAGAAAAAUGGCCAAUCAUCCUUUGUUACAUCGCCAGUAUUACACAGCUGAGAAACUAAGGGAAAUGUCUCAGCUUAUGCUAAAGGAACCUACACAUUGUGAGGCUAACCCUGACCUGAUCUUUGAAGAUAUGGAAGUUAUGACAGACUUUGAACUACAUGUGCUUUGUAAACAGUAUCGACACAUUAAUAACUUUCAGUUAGACAUGGAUUUGAUUUUAGAUUCUGGAAAAUUCCGAGUUUUAGGAUGCAUCUUGUCUGAAUUGAAACAGAAGGGUAAUAGAGUUGUAUUAUUUAGCCAAUUCACCAUGAUGCUGGAUAUUUUAGAAGUUCUCUUAAAACAUCAUCAGCAUAGGUAUCUCAGAUUAGAUGGAAAGACUCAAAUUUCUGAAAGGAUUCAUCUAAUUGAUGAGUUUAAUACCGAUAUGGAUAUCUUUGUGUUUCUGCUGUCAACAAAAGCUGGUGGACUAGGGAUAAAUCUGACCUCAGCAAAUGUGGUUAUACUUCAUGAUAUUGAUUGUAAUCCUUACAAUGACAAACAAGCAGAAGAUCGAUGUCAUAGAGUAGGCCAGACUAAGGAAGUACUAGUUAUAAAAUUAAUAAGCCAAGGGACAAUUGAAGAAUCCAUGCUGAAAAUUAACCAACAAAAAUUGAAACUGGAACAAGAUAUGACCACAGUAGAUGAAGGUGAUGAAGGGAGUAUGCCAGCAGAUAUAGCAACAUUAUUAAAAACUUCAAUGGGCCUGUGAAAUUGUAAAUUCCUAAUCCAUGAGGAAAUAUCAACUUGGUGCACUCAAGGACAUUUUCAUUAUGAUGACCAUGGGGUUUAUGAGCAUUUAUAACUUUUUAUAAUUUCCAUAUUGCAUUUCUCAUAGAAUGGACAACUUUUUGCCACUAACUGAAUUCUUCGGAUGCUUACACAUGAAAUUUCCCAAAAAGCCACAAAUACAUAGUCCUUAGAUGUUGAAUAAUCAUUUUACAAAACCGUUUUCUGAAUGGGGAUUAGUUGGUGAUUGUUUGUAACAAAUAUGCUAAUACUUUAGAAAUGUCAGUAUUUUUGUAAUUAUUUCUACCUCCAAAUAUAUAUAUAUUGUCUGUCACUGGAUAAUGUGUGUAGAUUUUUACAUGUGCCUUAUUUGACAAUGCUUUUGUCUUAUUUUUGCCUGUCUCAUUUGAGGGUUUUUUUUUAAUUAUGUUUAAUAUUACAGCUGUAUAGCUUUAGUUUUAUUGCUAUUUGAAGCAGAUGUUCACCACUGUCAGCAAGAACUCAACCUGAAUUUAAAGGUGGCAAUCCAUAUACUAACAUCCCCCAGGUCCUCUCAAGUAUUUUUGUUAAAGUAAAUUGUUUGGCUAGGCACUAAGUUGUUUUCUCCAGUAUGUAGUAACUGAAGAAGCCCUUAUCUUGCUCCAUGGAUUAAUUCCUUCUGUUCAUUUUCCACCUGCACUUACUGUGCUUAUUAGUCUGCCUAUUUGCUUCUUGUGCAUGUUUUCAUUGAUUUCCCUCUCUUGGCUUUUGCUUCUCUUAAAACUGUUGCCCAGUCACUUCUGCUCCAAUUCUCUCUAAAUAAUAGCUUAUUUCUGUCACUUUUCCAUGCAUCAGCAAAAUGUCAGUGACAUUUUUCUAGCUUGGCAGAGCAGAUAAAGCUGUUUUAGCACAGACUGAAUGUGACUUCAUAUUAAGGCAGCAUUAGGUACUGCAUGGAAAUAGGUCAUUAACUAUGAACCCUUAUCGAAAUAUAAUUUACCCAUUUCCAGAAUUUCCAGUACAGGACCUCCUGAAGAGAGAGCCAUUGUUCAAUUCCAAUUCAGUGUGGGUGACAAAGUGAAAUUUAGACAUUGUCUAUUUGAUAUUUAACUCCUUUUAAGUCUUUCUUUACAUUUUUGCCUGUCAGUCUAUAUUGCUGUUUUUAUUAUACAUCCGUUUCUUUGUAUAACUUGUGAGUUCAUGUGUUUUGUUUUUAUUCUAUAAAUAUCAUUAUAAAUAAACUUAUUUAUAAAUCAAAAAA